GGCGACCUUGUCGAUCGCGGGCACUACAGCAUGAAGACAGCGUCGCUAUUCUUGGCGCUUAAAGCUAGGCAGGUGAAUCAUGUCAUUGAAAUAUAUUUGGAUCGAGUUACUCUUCUGCGAGGCCAUCACGAGAGUCGUCAAAGAGGCCCGUAG